AUGACUGAUCGUUUCCUUGUUAUUCCUCUUGUAUGUAAACUAAAGCAGCCGAUCCCUACGCAAGCAGAGAUUCAGCAAGUGGAGAGGGUAAGGAGUAAGGUCCCUACCGAGAAGAGGGUGUACCCGCAGUUUCUCUUCACCGCCAACCUGAUCCAAGCUCAGCUGGUCGAUUCUGCCGAGAUGACGGAAGAGAGGAGAGCUGCCGAGGCUAAGAGGAUGAAUGAGUCCUCCAAGCGGCGUCUCAUGAUGGGCUUCCAGGGGAAGAAAAAGAAAAGCCAGCAGCAGGACACGGUACCGGCGUCCUUGGUAGAAGCUGACCCCAAAGACCAAACCCUGGCUGACCGUCUCCGCUAG